AUCGAACGCCCUCUAAAGGCCUCUUAGCCAAGUAGAGAAGACAGUAGGAUUCAUAAAAAAACGUUUUCUAACGCGCGUUCCUGUAGACACCAGGAUAUUUCCUACAGCUUGGUAAUCGUCUCGUCAAUUAAUAUUGACUACGUACAAAAAUGGCAUCCCUCGCCAAACCCAAGUCCGAAAUGACUCCUGAAGAGCUGGCCAAGCGCGAAGAGGAGGAAUUCAAUACAGGACCACUAUCAGUUCUCACUCAAUCAGUAAAGAACAACACACAGGUAUUAAUCAACUGCCGAAACAAUAAGAAACUCCUUGGGAGAGUCAAGGCCUUCGACAGGCACUGCAACAUGGUCCUGGAGAAUGUCAAGGAGAUGUGGACUGAGCUCCCGAGGACAGGAAAAGGAAAGAAGAAGGCAAAACCAGUGAAUAAAGAUCGAUUCAUAUCCAAGAUGUUUCUCCGAGGUGACUCAGUCAUUCUCGUACUACGGAAUCCACUCGCCACUGCUUCAGGAAAAUAAUAUGGCUCAUCGCAAGACUUUUCACUUAUCCUACGACUAAAUUUAAUAAAAUUUUAUAAUUUAAGCGAA